CUGACUGUUAAAAGUUGAGUAAAAGAACAGCUUGACAUAUUAUCAUUUCAGCCAUGAGUGGAUGUCCAUAUUUUCAGAAGACAUUCUUGUCAGCUAGUAAGCAGCAUCUGAAAGAAGAUGAGAAUGAUGAUUCUCAAUCUGGAAUUAACAAGGCCAGCAAAGGAGGUCUUAUCUAUGGUGACUAUCUGCAGCUGGAUAAAAUAGUGACAUCUCAGAUGCUUCAAAGUGAGCUGAAGGGAAACAAGAUCCAUGACGAACAUCUGUUUAUCGUCACACAUCAAGCAUAUGAACUGUGGUUUAAACAAGUUCUGUGGGAGCUGGACUCAGUGAGAGAAAUCUUCAUCAGCGGACAUGUACGUGACGAGCGAAACAUGCUCAAAGUCAACACUCGUAUCCAAAGGGUUGUGAUGAUAUUCAGACUGUUGCUCGACCAGUUCUCUGUUCUGGAAACCAUGACUGCCUUAGACUUCUAUGACUUCAGGGAAUAUCUCGCGCCGGCUUCAGGCUUCCAGAGUCUGCAGUUUCGACUGCUGGAAAACAAGAUUGGGGUCCCACAAAACCAGAGGGUCCCCUACAACAGAAGGCAUUACCGAGAUAAUUUCCGUGACCAGGAAAAUGAGCUGCUCCUCAACUCAGAACAGGAGCCCACGCUUCUUCAGUUAGUGGAGCAAUGGCUGGAGAGAACGCCUGGUUUGGAGGAAGAUGGCUUUAAUUUUUGGGGGAAACUGGAAGACAAUAUUCUUGAGGGACUCGGGAGAGAGAAAGGAAAUAUAGAGCAAAAACCAGCCUCGGAGAUGAAAGAGGAGAUGUUGGCCGAGCUCACCAAGCAGAAAGACGUUUUCGUAUCGCUCUUUGAUGAGAGAAGACAUGAUCACUUACUAAGCACCGGACAGAGGAGGCUGUCCUAUAAAGCACUGCAGGGAGCCCUGAUGAUAUACUUCUACAGAGAAGAGCCCCGAUUUCAGGUUCCUUUCCAACUCCUGACAUCAUUGAUGGACAUCGACACCCUCAUGACAAAAUGGAGAUACAACCACGUGUGUAUGGUGCACAGGAUGAUUGGCAGUAAAGGCGGCACAGGAGGCUCUUCAGGCUAUCAGUACCUGCGCUCCACUGUCAGUGAUCGCUACAAGGUGUUUGUGGAUCUGUUUAACCUGGCCACUUUCCUGGUUCCGAGAGAAUGGAUACCCAAACUGGACCCGAGUGAGCACAGUUUCCUCUACACGGCCGAAUGCUGCGACAGCUCCUACUGCAGCAGCAGCGAUGACUCAGACUAAACAGAUGGAGGAUGAGGCAAGGAUGAACAGCGUUUACAGAGUACAGAAGAAAAAGCUUCAAACCUCACAAGUCUCCCAUCACCAACAUUUGCCACUAAAGUCUUUUUAAAUGUUAGAAUGAGAGGCUACAAAGCUGUGCUGAGAUGUUCACAAACGGAAUUUUAAGACGGCGUCAACCAAAAUAAAAUCAGUGACGCUGUUACUGCACUUGUUUACAUACUGUCAAUGUAACGUAAUAUUCUAACAUAAUGUGAUGCGAUACGGGAAACCCGUCACAUGUCACGCUGGUACGUUUUUUGGCUGUGUUUUGUCAAAAUUGGGUUUUCAUUCAAUUAUAGCUACUAUAACAUUUUGUCUAGCAUCUCUGAAUAUAUAUUGGCAAAAUUCACUUGUUUAGAGCAGAAAAAUAGAGAUUUAUGGUGGCAAAAAAUAAAUAAAUAAAUAAAUAAAUAAAAACACUACAAAGACAGUUCACCUAUCAAAAUAAACCACAUAACAUCUAGAAUAAAGGUAUAUCAAUGCACAUUUCCCGCCAUUUCUGAGUAAACUACAACUUCAUCCAAUUUUUUUUUAAUCGAACGUUAUAACUGCUCACCUCUAAAUCGUCCAAAUUCAAAUACGUUUUUCAUAGAAUGCAUUUUGAGUUCGUAAGCUUUUGAAUGAUAUCCAAUCUAUGACGAUUACUAAAGUAUGUUAUAUGAAAAAGUCAAUCGUCCUGCUAACAGCAAGUGAACGUUAACUCAACCUGUUUUUCCGCAAAAUUCCGUUCCUGAAAAUCAUAGCGAUCAGCCGACGAUUUGACGAAAUUUAUGCUAUCAAAACCUGUAAUAAUUAAAGUUUUACCAUGUGGGUUUUCCAAGAUCGCAUUACAUAUGUAGUUAACUGAUUUAUAUUUUGUAAAUAAAGAGCAUACACAUACAGAUA